CAGAGAUUCAAGAAAGAAUUUUCUGGCUUGGUUAUAGGAUCUGUUGCUUGUGCUGCAAGCCAUCCGAAUCCUAGAUCUGAUCUCUGUUUUGCCUUUGAUUGUUGAACCAUGAUACCUAACUACCAUGGGAUUGAACCACCACAGAUCUGCUGUCGAGCCGUCCACUUCGCCGUUUCAGCCGCCAAGCAAACCGCCGAGUGAUCGUCGAGAAAGACCGGUUGAGAUAAUGUCGACAACGAGCAGAGUUGGAAGCAAUGAAGUGAAGAUUGAAGGGAAAAAGCGUAAAGUUGUGUCGGAGCCAACUCAUGUUACUCUGAAAGUGAAGGGUCAGGACGAAGAAGAGUUUAGAGUGUUUUGGGUGAGAAGGAAUGUUAAGCUGCUUAAAAUGAUGGAAGUUUACACCAAAAUGAGAGGCGUCGAGUGGAAUACAUUUCGCUUUUUAUUUGAUGGUUCGAGGAUUCGAGAGUAUCAUACACCUGAUGAGCUGGAGCUCAAGGAUGGAGAUGAAAUUGAUGCAAUGUUGUAUCAACAAAGUGGUUUUGGUCCAUCUUCUUUAAUAUUUAGAGUUUGAGUAUUUCAGGUGUGAAUGUAAUAGUACACAGAUUUAGAUUUCU